AUGCAUAACAUAGCGCUUUUUGAGCUGCUAUUAGAUAAGGGAGUCGACAUGGAAACGAGAGACAAUAUCUACCAGACACCACUUAUAAUGGCGGUUGAGUGGCGUAAUGUGGAUAUUGUGAAGCUACUCUUAAGUGUGGGUGCUGAUGUGGAAAAAGAUGAUAUAGUAGGUCGGACACCACUUCUGUCGGCAGUUAUAGGGGGUAAUUUGGAGGUUGUGGAGCUACUCUUAAGUAAGGGAGCUGACGUGGAAAGGGAUGAUAGAGAUGGUCAAACACCACUCAUAUGCGCUAUCAAAAGGCAUAAUAUAGCGCUUGUUGAACUGCUUCUAAAUAACGGAGCUGACGUGGAAAGAAGCGAUAAAGACGGCGAGACACCCUUGACAUGGGCGAAUAAGAGGGGAAAUGAGUCGAUCCUGGAGCUACUCUCAAAGAGAACGGCAGCUAGAGUGUAG